AUGGUUCCAGCGGCGGCACUAAGGAAGGCUGCAGUGCCGGGAAGGUUUGUCUGGGCAACGGUGUCCUGUACCGGUCCAUCUCUGGUCCUCACCAUCCCGCUUUGCUUCUUCGGCCAAUAUCGCCAGGGCCGCUUCGGCUGGUACUAUGUGUUCUCUGGUCCUAAAUAUGAAUGUAGGGGCCCAAUUACGGACAUGCUUUUGGAAUUAAGAACACAGUCACUGGACAAUAAGCAAAGAAGGAAUCAUAAUAAAGAGGACAAUCACCAUUCUCCCCAGUCCAAAAGGAGUAAGAGACACCCUGUCUUUCAGGAGUCUCAGGAUGCAGAGUCUUCAAGCAGUGAUAAAGACAGGAGCAGCAGCAGUGUUAAUACCCCAGAGAGAGUAAUUGGACCAGAAAGCAGCUUAAACCAGAUCGUUGCUGAACCCAACAUGAGUACACCUCAAUCCUCAUAUGAGGAGUAUGUACUAUGCCAAGGUUCUUACUCCCACAUCAACCAGAUCUUAAGGGAGGAACACUUCAACAGCCUACAGCAGCAAGGACAAUCUCCAGCAUGA